AUGAGUGGCACUAUUAUAACCCGAUGUGACGACCUCCCAGAGCCAAAAGAGCUCGCCGAAGCCUACGAGCUCGAACUACAAUCCCAAAAUGGCCAGCCGAUCCGAUUCGGCGAGCUAGUCGCAGGAAAAGGGGUCCAUAUCACAACGGUUGUGAUUUUCAUCCGCCACUUCUUCUGCGCCUACGACCAGGGCUACGUCCGCGUAGUCUCUCGCCGUCUCACCGACUCCCUCAUUAUUAUCGGCUGCGGUGACUCCCAACGCAUCGUCCCUUAUGUGUCGGAGACUGAGGCCGCGUUCCCCAUCUACACGGACCGCACGGGGAAGAUCUACGAGAAGCUGCACAUGAAGAGGACGAGGUCGCACGCCACUAAACCGCCCUCUUAUGUUCAGAUCUCCUUCUUUGGUGCGCUUGGAAAGACAUUCAAACAGAUGUUGCGGAGUGGGCGGCAGGCGGGCAAGUGUGUUUAUGUCCAUCGGAUGGAGCAUGUCUCGGAUCAUUUGACAGCGGAUCAAUUGCUUGAAGUGCUCAGCCAUGAUGAGCCGGCUGAAACGAAGUAA